AUGUCAGCGCGGGACCGGGAGACGAUCGAGGCGCUCGCUCGCGUCGCGGCCGCGCUGGACGGGGCGGUGCUCGGCCUCGGCACGGCGGCGCUCGCGGCCGCGUCCCUGGCCAAGUACCUCGCCGCAUCCGGGGCGCUCCGCCUCAUCGCCGAGGCGCCGGCCCUCGCGAUCCCCGACCUCCGCUACUCCCUCCUCGCGGGGCUCGGCGACGGCGAGUCGCGCCUCGCCGUCGUGCGGGGCCUCGUCCGCUCCCCGCCCGGGGGCACGUUCCUCAUCCCCCCUGGCUCCCGCGAGCACUGCGUCGUCACCAGGCACACCCAGACGUGCUUGUUCGGCGAAUGGAGAGGCAUCUUUGGAUGGACUUUUGACCUACAUGCUCUCUUUUUUAAAUCAUUGAAAGAGCAAAUUAUAACAUCAUCUCGAUGGGUUUCGUUUGGUCUUGUCGAUCCUGCUUCCGAGAAAUCAGGGGAAAUGGUACAUGUGAAGUUUGAUGGGGCUGUUCAUCAGUCAUUACCUCUUACAACUGUGUAUCACAAGCUUAUCCCAGUUGAGCAAAAUUCUUACACAUUGUUUCAGACUAUUGUUGGCAAUGGCUAUCCGAUUGCGUUAUUGGAUGAGGAAAAGAUUCUUCCUAUCGGAAAGGAGAUUACAGCAAUAGGCUUAUGUCGAUUAAAGAAUCGAAGUGUUGAGAUCAGCUCGUGCCCAGAGCUCCCAUAUUUCUUGUCUGAUCUGACCAAGGGUGAGAUGGAAGCCGAGAUGUCCUCACGUGCUAGAUUCUUCUUCUGGGUUACUGUUGCUCUUGGAACCGUGUCAGUUGGCUUACUAGGCCAUGCCAUUUACAGGUUAUGGGAGAGAGUUAAACGGCACAGAGAGGCAAGAGAAGCUCAAGAAAGAUUUCACGAGGCUGACAAUGAAGAUGAUGCUGGAGAAAAUGGCAGCGACGACGAGCCUGGUGAAAUGGGUGACGGGCAGCUAUGUGUCAUAUGCUUAAGGAAAAGAAGGCGGGCAGCUUUUGUUCCUUGUGGUCAUCUUGUCUGCUGUUGCAACUGCGCGAAAAGGGUGGAACUCAUGGAUGAACCAUUGUGCCCUGUGUGUAGGCAAGACAUCCAAUACAUGCUCAGGGUUUACGACUCUUAA